CUUUGCAGAGAUAAUAAAAGGCCCUUCCUUUCUGCGAGGAUUAGGCAUUUCAAAGGCUAUAGGAAAAAUUAUCUGGAUUUAUCCAGGUUUGAUUGCUCUUGUUCUUGACCACGUAUCAGAAAGACAAUGAAGAACUCAACACCAGUCAGUUUGCUUCUGGUACUCAUUUCCUUCUCAGGGGUCCUGUCUGAAACAAGCUUGGAUGGGAAAGUCUUUGUCUUCCCCAGCUCUUCAGACAAUUCCUAUGUCCUCCUUAAACCUGCCCUGAAGCAGCCGCUGCAGCGUUUCACCAUCUGCCUCAAUUUCUUCACUGACUUGUCCCGCUCUUUCUCCCUCAUCUCGGUGGCUUCCAGGGAACAGGACAACGAGAUCCUCUUUAUGAAACACCCAAAUGAAUAUGAGAUCUGCUUGCGUGGACAAUGCAUCAGGUUCCACGUACCUGGAAACAUGGACCGGACCGCUAGCCAUUGGGAAAAUGCCUGCAUAACAUGGGAUGCGGUUACGGGGAUCGUCCAGCUGUGGAUUGACGGUCAGCCCUUGCCUAGGAAAGGAAUUGCAAGAGGUUUACGGGUCCCAACUGAUGUGGUGAUGAUGCUGGGGCAGGAGCAGGAUACCUACGGUGGCUCCCUUGAUGCUAGCCAGUCCUUCAUUGGAGAAAUAGCCAAAGUGUACAUGUGGGACACAGCGUUGCCUCCAGAUCAACUCCGGAGGAUCAGGAAGGACACAGAACCACCACUUUUAGUAGACUGGACAGCACUAGAUUUUGAAAUCAAAGGCUAUGUGGUGAUAGAGCCCGCCUUGUAAUGAGGCUGAAAGGAAGGGGGAAAAGAUUGAAAGAAAUCUGCCUCUGUGUUUCUUUUUUGAUCCUGAUUCACAGCCCACCAAGUCAAAUGAGAUGGCAUCUUAGGUGUUUCCACUGUCAUUUGUGCAGAAAGCCCUGUAUGCAAUAAAAAUGGCUUCAUAUAUGA